GUCUCCCUGUGCAUGAUGAUCCACAAUGAAGAUUAAUAAUUCAAUACAUAAUACUAUCAAUAAAGGGUCGAAGUUGAAACUCGGAAUGAGUAUCGGUUUCGGAACGACCUGCCUGUUUCGGGCAGCAGACAUGCAACCCUAAGUCUCGCGAUGAACUCCGAUAAGGCUGGACUCAGAAUGCGCUAAAUAGCGCCCCUCAAAUCACUUGCGUGCAUACGGUAUGUGCACCCGAGAGAACCCCGCGGAGGGGCAAUUUCUGGGUCGAUUCAGUGGACAUUGGUUGUUGGUUUGAAAGCUGUGGUUAGUGGGGUAGCUUUGCUUUGCUUGUCUUUUUCGUGUAGAUAAAGCUCAUGGCCUCUAGACGUACAUAGCUGGAUGGUUCUCUGAUAUUCUUCUUCAACUUUUGUUUUUCUUUUUUCAUACUGCCGACUUUAUUAUACCCGACUCUGUUACUUUGGGAUAUUUCAUUUCUUGAAGCGAGUCAUACCCCGCCAUGUCGGAUCUCGAUCUCUUCCUUGAUAUCACAGCGCCAAAUGGUCGCCGGUAUAAACAGCCCACAGGGUUGUUUAUCGACAAUGAAUUUGUGAAGUCUACAUCUGGGCAGACGAUUGCUUCUAUUGAUCCUGCAACCACCCGUGAAAUCGCUUCUGUCUACGCGGCCGGUGCCGAGGACGUCGACAAAGCAGUCAAUGCCGCCAAAGCGGCCUUGAAGCAUGAUUCAUGGAAGCUCCUCCCCGCCACAGACCGAGGAAUGCUAAUGGGUCGGUUGGCCGACUUGAUCGAGCAGAAUAAGGAGCUUUUCGCUACGAUUGACGCGUGGGAUAACGGAAAACCAUACCAUGUUGCCCUGAGCGAGGACCUGGUGGAAGCCAUUACCACCUUCCGGUACUACAGUGGCUGGGCCGAUAAGACGUUCGGUCAGACCAUCAACACAACCCCCCAGAAGUUCGCCUACACAAUCAGACAGCCCAUCGGUGUGGUGGGCCAGAUCAUCCCGUGGAACUACCCGCUGUCUAUGGCCGCCUGGAAGCUGGGGCCUGCCCUGGCUUGUGGCAAUACGGUUGUGAUCAAGGCUGCGGAGCAGACGCCCUUGAGCAUCCUCGUUCUGGGCUCCUUGAUCAAGGAAGCGGGCUUCCCGAAGGGUGUUGUUAAUAUCAUCAAUGGAUACGGUCGGGAGGCUGGUGCCGCGUUGGUGCAGCACCCCUUGGUCGAUAAGGUGGCGUUCACGGGCUCCACUGCUACCGCGCGCGAGAUUAUGAAGAUGGCUGCGGGCAGCCUGAAGAAUAUUACUCUGGAGACGGGAGGAAAGUCGCCCCUGAUCGUGUUCAACGAUACCGAUAUGGAGCAGGCCGUGAAAUGGUCCCAUUUCGGUAUCAUGUCCAACCAGGGCCAGAUCUGCACUGCCACGUCGCGGAUCUUGGUCCAGAAGGACAUUUACGAUGCCUUUGUUGAGCAGUUCAAGAGCGAGAUUCAGACCACAUCUAAGAUCGGAGACCAGUGGGAUGAGAGCACCUUCCAAGGGCCCCAGGUGACCCGCGCUCAAUACGAUAGGGUGCUCGAGUACAUUCAAGUGGGCAUCUCGGAGGGCGCGACGGUGGCUUCUGGAGGAGGCCCUCACCCACCCAACAGCAACGGCGAGUCGGGAUACUAUGUUCGCCCGACGGUUUUCACGAAUGUUACGGACUCGAUGCGGAUCUAUCGGGAGGAGAUCUUUGGACCCGUAGUUGUCAUUGUGCCAUUUGAGACGGAGGAAGAAGCCAUCCGGCGUGCAAAUGAUACCACUUAUGGCCUUGGUGCGGCGGUCUUCACCAAGGACCUUGAGCGUGCCCACCGGGUUGCAGCUGAGAUCGAGUCUGGUAUGGUUUGGAUCAACAGCAGCCAGGACUGCGAUCCUCGGGUACCGUUCGGAGGAGUGAAGCAGAGUGGAAUCGGGCGCGAAUUAGGCGAAGCUGGACUUGAGGCGUAUAGCCAAGUGAAGGCUGUACAUGUUAAUAUGGGAACCAAACUGUAGAAAGUCACGAGAAUGAAAUACAUGUAUUGGAUAUAGAGCAGACAGAUGAACAAUCACGUUGUCGGCCUUACAGA